AUGCUGAGGAAGUUGUGGAGGAGGAAACUUUUUUCUUAUCCCACUAAAUACUGCUUCUUAUUUCUUGCUUUUUCGGUGGUCACAUUCACUGUUUUAAGAAUUCAUCAAAAGCCUGAAUUUGUAAAUUUUGGACAUUUGGAGCUGUUUGAAGAGAAUCCUAGUAGCAAUGUUAAUUGCACCAAAAUUCUACAGGGUGAUGUAGAUGAAAUCCAAAAGGUAAAGCUUGAGAGUCUAACAGUGAAAUUUAAAAAGCGCACUCGAUGGACAAACGAUGACUAUAUAAACAUGACUGGUGAUUGCGCUUCUUUCAUCAAGAAGCGCAAAUAUAUUAUAGAACCACUUAGUAAAGAAGAGGCGGAAUUUCCAAUAGCAUAUUCUAUAGUGGUUCAUCACAAAAUUGAAAUGCUUGACAGGCUCCUGAGGGCCAUCUAUAUGCCUCAGAAUUUCUAUUGUAUUCACGUGGAUAGAAAAUCAGAGAAAUCCUUUUUGGCUGCAGCUGUUGGCAUCGCAUCCUGCUUCAGUAAUGUCUUUGUCGCCAGUCAGCUGGAGAGCGUGGUGUAUGCGUCCUGGAGCCGGGUUCAGGCUGACCUUAACUGCAUGCAGGACCUCUACCGGAUGAAUGCAGGCUGGAAGUACUUGAUAAAUCUCUGCGGUAUGGAUUUUCCUAUUAAAACCAACCUGGAAAUUGUCAGGAAGCUCAAGCUGUUGAUGGGCGAGAACAACCUAGAAACGGAGAGAAUGCCAUCCCAUAAGAAAGAAAGGUGGAAAAAGCAUUAUGAAGUCGUGAAUGGAAAGCUGACAAACAUGGGGACUGACAAAAUACAUCCACCUCUUGAAACACCUCUGUUUUCAGGCAGUGCCUAUUUCGUGGUCAGUAGGGAGUAUGUGGAGUACGUGCUCCAGAACCAAAAUAUCCAAAAGUUUAUGGAGUGGGCAAAAGACACAUACAGCCCAGAUGAGUAUCUCUGGGCCACUAUUCAGAGGAUCCCCGAAGUCCCGGGGUCAUUGUCCUUAAGCCAAAAGUAUGACAUGUCUGACAUGCAAGCGAUUGCCAGGUUUGUUAAAUGGCAGUACUUUGAAGGAGACGUUUCCAAGGGCGCCCCCUACCCGCCGUGCAGCGGCGUCCACGUGCGCUCUGUGUGCGUUUUCGGAGCUGGUGAUUUGAACUGGCUGUUGCACGUGCACCACUUGUUUGCCAACAAAUUCGACACGGACAUCGACCUCUUUGCCAUCCAGUGUUUGGAUGAGCAUCUGAGGCAUAAAGCCCUGGAGACGUUAAAACCCUAA